GGUUGUGUUGUUUUUUACAGCCAGUCAACCCCGGUAAUGAUUUUUCGUCAAAUUACGCUAUCAAACUCGAAGAAUGCUCGAUUAAUGAUAGAGUUUUAUUCAAACGUUGUGUAAUUAACUUUAUAGCGCAGUGGUAUUUAAUAUACUAUAAUGAAAUUAAGUUUGGUGCUGUCGCGUUGGUUUUAUUGAAUUAGAGUGGUGGUGUGGGUUGUGUUUGGGACGGUGCGGCGGUGCCAUGGGGGCGCAGCAAGCGAAGGAGCGCGGGACCUCGAGCGGGGCUUCGAUGCGUUCCGCGAGGAGCAAGCCCCGCGUGCCCAAGGACCCCCGCAUUCUCGGCUCGAACAUUUUCACUGAACACAGCGAAGCGCUGCUGCAGAGCCGGCCGCUGCCGCACAUCCCGGACCUGCCCGACGGAGAGACCGCCCCCGCCACCCCGCAGCCGCUCGACACCGCCAACAGAUGGACGUCCAAAGAGAACCUCCUCGCACAUCACGAGGAGGACGACCCUCAGCUGUUCGUGGCUCUCUACGACUUCCAGGCCGGAGGCGAGAACCAGCUCAGCCUCAAGAAAGAUGGGGACAAGUCCCUCGGAAGGACGAGACUGCUCGCCCUCAAGAAAGGCGAACAGGUCCGCAUAAUGAGCUACAACGCGUCAGGCGAGUGGUGCGAGGCGCACACGCUCAGCGGCGCUCUAGGCUGGGUGCCCAGCAACUACGUGACCCCGGUCAACUCGCUGGAGAAACACUCGUGGUACCACGGCCCGAUAUCCCGCAACGCGGCCGAGUACCUACUGUCGUCGGGGAUCAACGGCAGCUUCCUGGUGCGAGAGUCGGAGUCGAGUCCGGGGCAGCGGAGCAUAUCGCUGCGGUACGAGGGCCGGGUAUACCACUACAGGAUCAACGAGGACUCCGACGGAAAGGUGUACGUGACGUCAGAGUCAAAAUUCGGCACGCUAGCGGAACUAGUCCACCACCACUCCGUGCUAGGCGACGGUCUUAUCACGCAGCUGCUCUACCCCGCCCCGAAGCGGAACAAGCCGACCGUGUUCCCCCUCGCCCCGCCCGACCAGUGGGAGAUCGACCGCACAGACAUCGUGAUGAAGCACAAGCUAGGAGGUGGACAGUAUGGCGACGUCUACGAAGCUGGCUGGAAGAAGUUUAACAUCACGGUUGCAGUGAAAACGCUAAAAGACGACACGAUGGCCCUAAAAGACUUCCUCGAAGAGGCCGCCAUUAUGAAAGAGAUGCGUCACCGGAACCUAGUCAAACUCCUCGGCGUCUGCACGCGGGAGCCCCCCUUCUACAUCAUCACCGAGUUCAUGUCGCGAGGGAACCUGCUGGACUACCUCAGGAACGGGAACAGGCAGCAGAUCGACGCUGUUGUGCUGAUGUAUAUGGCCACGCAGAUCGCUGAGGGCAUGAGCUAUCUGGAGAGCAGGAGCUUCAUACACAGAGACCUCGCGGCCCGCAACUGCCUAGUAGGCGAGAGCCACUUAGUCAAAGUGGCCGACUUCGGUCUCGCCCGGCUCAUGCGAGACGACACCUACACCGCCCACGCAGGCGCCAAGUUCCCCAUCAAAUGGACGGCGCCCGAAGGCCUAGCCUACAACACCUUCAGUACUAAGUCCGACGUUUGGGCCUUCGGGAUCCUGCUGUGGGAGAUAGCCACGUAUGGCAUGUCGCCGUACCCUGGUGUGGAUUUAGCGGACGUCUAUCAUAUGCUUGAGAAGGGUUACCGCAUGGAGUGUCCCCCGGGCUGCCCGCCGGCCGUGUACGAGCUCAUGCGGCGCUGCUGGCAGUGGAACGCGCCCGACCGCCCCACCUUCCACAAGAUCCACCACGACCUCGAGCACAUGUUCCAGGACAACAGCAUCACCGAGGAGGUGGAAAAGCAACUGCAAGAAGGCGGAGCGUCCACGGGGACUCCACAAAUGUCCCUUAAGAAGACAAGUGGCGACGCAGCUCGCGUCCAGAUGCGGAGGCCUACCAACCGGAGGGGCAAGCAAGCACCGACACCACCUAAGCGGACCAGUCUACUAUCGUCAUGCAGCUCGUUCCGUGAGUCCCAGUACAACACGGAGGAACAGCAAGACGACGGACUGGCGUCGCUCAACGGGGGGGCGCGGGCUCGGGAGGCGUCGUCCGAAGGGUCGCUCGCGGAGGCGACCCCCGACACGGACGAGAGCGGGGGCGCGGCGGCGGGGGGCGAGCACCGCCACCGCGCCAAGCGCCGCCACAACCCGCCCGACCAGAAGCAAGGAGUCCAGGUAGCGGCCCUAGAAGUCCAAAACGUGAAACGGGCCAUCAACCGCUACGGGACCCUGCCCAAGGGCGCGCGCAUCGGAGCCUACCUCGAGUCCCUCCGGCAGUCCGGCGGCGCCGCCUCCGUCGCGCGCGAGCCCGAGGAGGCGCGCUCGCUGUCCCCGCGCACGCGCGCGCAGCCGCACAUGAUCCGCUCCAACUCUUCCGGAGGAGUCACCGCCCCCGCCCCCGCCUCCCCUCGCUCCAACAGGGCCCCCCUGCGCUCCUUCAACAGCCCCGCCAAGCCCCGCCCUCGCCUAGCAGAACUAGAAUUCCCCCCGCCCCCACCAGAUCUCCCCCCGCCCCCCGAAGAAACGCAACUUCCGCCGCCCCCGCCACCCGACGCCGAAGACGACCAGGAAGAAGAAAAGAGCCACAAGCAAACCAUGAAGGAAAUGCUCGAGCUCAAACUAGUCGCCGAAAUCAAAGAAAGGGCCGACAAAAAGAAACACAAACUCAAAGACUCGCCGCCCCCCAACGACUUAGUCAUGCAGACUUCCUUCGGAGACCCGGUGACUAGACUGGUCUCCGAGCUCUCAGAGAGCUUAAACAUGGAAGCGCUAAAGAAGUCUGAGAAGAAGGAGCAACCCAAAGACAAAGAGACGGUGUCCCCCAUAGACCUGAAAGCGGGCCUCAGGAAGACCUCGUACAACAACGUGCAGAAGACUGACGAGAAACCCACGGACUUCAAAUCGCAACUCAAAAAGGUUGACAAGAAAAUAGCCGCGAAAGAAGAGGAAUCGCGAUCGAUUAUCGACUUCAAAUCGCGCUUACGGAAGGUCGAUAGUUCGACUCCUUCCACGAACGGAACGAAAAACUCUCCCGACCAGGAUUCCAAAAAGAGCGAUGAGCGCAAAUCGGAUUCAGGGUCUUUGGAGACAGAGGAAGAAGAUAAGAGAAGGAGCACGGGGAGCAUCAGCAGCUUGAAGAAGCUGUGGGAGAAUAAGGAGUCGGAUGAGAGAUUGAGUCCAAAACUGAAGCUGAGGGGAGAAGACAGUGAGGAGACCUCGCCUGAAGAACGCACCAGCCAUAUAGGCAGGAGCGGUAGCGUCUGCAAACGGGAUGAAAAGCCCGCCGUCCCUAGCAAGCCGGCGGUAAAGUGCCGCCCCCUAAAGGGGGGGAUAUACGCCACCCCCAUCAGUAGUGAGGAGGCGGAGGAGGACGCCCUCGCCAGGCUGCGGUCCUCGCUCGAGAGCUGCACUAACGAUGUCCGUCGCGGCUGCACAGGCGGCGGGCGCGGCUCCCUCUGGCGGCUGACGACGUCGGAGCGGCUCGCGAGCCUCGGCGCGGCGUGCACCGCGGCCGCCGUCGCCGCGCCGCCGCAGCUGCGCGUGCAGCUCCGCGCCGCCGCCGCCAGACUGGAAAGCGAGGCGCGCGCGCUGGCGUCGCCCGCGCCGCCCGCGCACCACCUCGCCGAGGGCGUCGAGAAAGCCCUCCGGGAGCUACACGACAUCGUUACUAGGUAAACACCCUACGCUCCACUUCGCCUUGGAAACUUCGAGCGCUGAGAUUGAACCCGCUAACAGUAAUUAUACUCGUCAGACUAUACCGAUAUAGUAUAAUACUAUGACAACUAUUU